CUUCUCCAUUGGUAGCUGUAAUAGUUUGGAAUAUCUUUAUAUGUGGGGUAAUUUGUUUGAAGGAACCAUUCCUCAAUCUUUGACUCUUUUGAAGGGGCUUCAAGAUUUAGAUCUCUCACUCAACAACUUAUCAGGAAAAAUCCCAAAAGAUCUAGAGAAACUUUCAGCAUUGCAGAGAUUGAAGUUAUCCUUCAAUAAUCUUGAAGGGGAGGUGCCAACAAAAGGAAUCUUUGGAAAUGCAAGUGCAAUUUUUGUGAAUGAAAAUAAUAAGCUUUGUGGGGGAAUUACAGAGUUACGACUUCCUACAUGUCAUGGAUCUACGAAACGAGAAAAGUCCAAUGUUUUUAAAAUGGUUUUCGUAAUCAUCGGUGUGGUUCUAGGUUUUCUUUUGAUAUCUUCCUUUCUUGCUCUUUAUUGGAUAAGAAAAUCAAAAAGUAAACCUCCAUCCACACCAUUAGUAAUUGAUGACCAGUUCCCAAAGAUUUCUUUCAAAGAGCUCUUCCAAGCUACUGGAGGAUUUUCUUCAGCUAAUUUCAUAGGUUCUGGUAGUUUUGGCUCUGUAUACAAAGGGAUUAUCAAUCAGGAUGAAACAAUUGUUGCAGUCAAGGUACUCAACCUUCAAAAUCCAAGAGUUUACAAGAGCUUUAUGGAUGAAUGCAAAGCAUUAAGAAACAUUCGACAUCGAAAUCUUGUCAAGAUUUUAACUUCCUGUUCAAGUCUUGAUUCAAAAGGGAAGGAUUUCAAAGCCCUAGUUUAUGAGUUCAUGCCCAAUGGGAGUCUAGAUGAUUGGUUACAUCUGUCGAUGGAGGCACAUAAUCAUUCAAGGAAUUUAAGCCUUCUUCAAAGAUUAAACAUCGCAAAUGAUGUGGCUUCUGCAUUGGAUUACCUUCAUUACCAUUGUUAUACGGCAAUUGUUCAUUGUGACUUGAAGCCAAGCAAUAUUCUAUUAGACGGUGAUAUGACUGCACAUGUCAGUGAUUUUGGUUUGGCGAGGCUACUUUUAGAACCUGAUGACAAUUCAUCUGAUGCUCAAACUAGUACCAUUGGGAUAAAAGGAUCUAUUGGCUAUGCUGCUCCAGAAUAUGGCAUGGGUGGAAGGGCAAGUAUACAUGGGGACGUGUUUAGCUAUGGGAUCCUUUUAUUGGAGAUGUUCACAGGAAAAAGGCCAACAGACCAGAUGUUUACUGAUGACUUAAAUCUCCGUAACUUUGCAAAGGCAGCUUUACCUGCAAACGUGAUGCAAGUAUUAGAUCCCACACUCCUACCCAAGGAAGGACAAAGAGAAGAAAUUGAGAAGGGUGCUAUCAACAUAACUGAAGGCCCUAGUCAUAAGAUAGAUAAAUUGCAAGAAUGCGUAACAGCAAUAAUUGAAAUGUCACUCCAAUGCUCUAUGGAAUCACCAAGAGAACGUGUUCAGAUGAACGAUGUUGUGAGGGAACUGCAUUUAAUCAAGGGAAAUUUUCUUAAAGCAUGAAUCAAUCAAGGCAGAGCAACCAUAA